UUCGAGGUGUUCCAGGCGACCUGGCGCUACCCGGAUUGGCGCGGCAGUCUGGGCACGGCAUUCCACUUCGUCUUCGAUGGUGCCGACGACAGCGCGGGGAAGAGCCUGGUAAAGGAUAUCUACGAAUGGGCGAACGAGCUCAAGAAGGAGAUCUGGGUAUUUUCUCACGGUAACUGGAGCAAAGAUUCCGACUUGUACGAGACUGUCCAGGCAGCCUCGUGGUUCGACGUGGUACACGAGCCUGGAUUUGUCGAGGCACUCAAGAGCGAUACCGAGACGUUCUUUGCGAGCGAGAAGGUGUAUGCAGCCAUUGGCGUUACCUGGAAGCGCGGUAUCCUACUCCUUGGCCCACCGGGCAAUGGCAAGACUCAGACGAUCGAGUGCCUGCUAAAGGACCUCCUUGCUCAGGAUAUCUCCCCUUUGUACGUGAAGAACUUCAAGACAGAUCGGGAUGAGGAAUGGGGCAUCCGCGCAAUAUUCGAGAAGGCUAGAGAGGAAGCCCCCUGCGUCCUCGUGCUCGAAGACUUGGAUGCGAUGGUACGCCCGAGGGUUAGGAGUUAUUUUCUGAACGAACUCGAUGGGCUUGCGAGGAACCACGGGAUCCUUACGAUCGCGACUACCAACCAUCCAGAGAAGAUCGACGACGCGAUCCUGCGUCGGCCGAGCCGGUUCGACCAGAAGUACACCUUCGCUUUGCCCAGCCUUGCGCUCAGACAGGAGUAUGUCCGCAUUUGGAUCGCAAAGGUCACAACUCAGGGAGGAUUCGGCUUCCGUUCUGGUGCAGAUGUGCUCUCCAAGGAGGUCGCGGAGAAGACAGAAGAAUGGAGCUUCGCUUUUCUCAAGGAGCUGUUCGUGAGCUUCCUGCUACGAUCCGCUACCGAUCGC